AUGUCAGGCAAGCUCAAGGAACGCAAAAGAACCCCCGUUUCCCACAAAGUGAUAGAAAAGCGGAGGAGAGACCGGAUUAACCGCUGUUUGAACGAGCUGGGCAAGACGGUGCCCAUGGCCCUGGCGAAGCAGAGUUCCGGGAAGCUGGAGAAGGCGGAGAUCCUCGAGAUGACCGUUCAAUACCUGAGAGCCCUGCACUCCGCUGAUUUUCCCCGGGGAAGGGAAAAAGCAGAACUGCUAGCGGAGUUUGCCAACUACUUCCACUACGGCUACCACGAGUGCAUGAAGAACCUGGUGCAUUACCUCACCACCGUGGAGAGGAUGGAGACCAAGGACACCAAGUACGCGCGCAUCCUCGCCUUCUUGCAGUCCAAGGCCCGCUUGGGCGCCGAGCCCGCCUUCCAGCCGCUGGGUUCGCUCCCGGAGCCGGAUAUCUCUUAUCAGCUGCACCCAGCGGGGCCCGAGUUCGCAGGCCACAGCCCUGGUGAGGCGUCCGUGUUCCCGCAGGGCGCGGCCCCAGGGUCCUUCCCCUGGCCACACGGCGCGGCCCGCAGCCCGGCGCUGCCCUACCUGCCCAGCGCGCCCGUGCCGCUUCCGAGCCCCGCGCAGCAGCACAGCCCCUUCCUGACGCCCGUGCAGGGCCUGGACCGGCAUUACCUCAACCUGAUCGGCCACGCCCACCCCAACGCCCUUAACCUGCACACGCCCCAGCACCCCGCGGUGCUCUGACGCCGACUCGCCCGCAGAUUUCUUUGCGCUUCGGGCGCUGCCUGGGAGAAAUACUGUAUAUUGUACAAGUGUAAAUACGGUGCCAACAAAAGAGCUGGGUGGGUUAAGGCCAAAAGCGAA